CGGCGGUCUGGGCUGGGGUUGUUUACAUGGUGACGCCACGCGAGACUGCAGCUCCCGUCCGCUGCUGAGUGACGUCAGAGCCUGGACAUGGCCGAGGCCGGCGGCGGCAGCGUCCGGAGCUCAUGAUUCAGAGAAUGGACAACCCGCUGCUCUCCCAGUUCAUGAAGGAGGUUCCCAGUGCAGCUUCGGCUCCCCAGUCCAAGUUCUACAGCAGCUGGUCUGUGUGUGAGGACGACGCCGGAGCGCCCUCCAUCCUGCGAUGUGCGGACCAAAGUGCACCGCUUCCUUUCCCUGGACCGGAGAGCUGUUCUAACGUGAUUGGGCAGGAGGUGGACAGCCUGGAUGUAGUGACAGACUGGGAUUCACUUUCCCGUCUGUUUCCUCCUCUGUGGGCGGCUGCCGACCACCAAGACCUUUCUGAGUAUUUUCCAGGGAUCAUUCCAGGAAGUGCAGAUGUUCCUGGUGCCCUUAGUCCGCCUCUAUAUGAAGAGAACGGGAGGAAAUUGCCAGACAUGGAGAGUCUCCAGAGAGGGUUUGAAGACCUCGGCCUGCUGGACUCUUGGGUCUCUAGUCCAGAUGCCUGUGAUACACCAGUGGAAGAUCUCCUCAAGGAUCUCUACAUUGAAAAUCAAGCACUAGAGCUCAACUCUUCCUUCCAGCCAAUGGAGGGGGGUAACCAGUACAUAAGCAAUUACAUGAGGUCCAAUAGUCAGAAUUCCUCUGCCUCUGGUGUCAACUCUCCAUCUCAGAAGAGACCACCAGAAUGUCCAAGUCUUCAUAAGCCCUGGUGGAGAAAUGACAAGAUGAAGGGAAAGUUUACUAAACUGAGUCCAGCAGGUCAGUCCAAAUACACAUCUUGGGAUAAUGACACGUAUGUAAAUCCUGCCAAUGACUUUAUACCUCUGAGUGUCAAAGCUCCAGUGUACUAUUCGGGUAACCAACCGCUUCCGAAGGAGUGCGGCUUCCAGAGCGGCAGCGCACACAGGAAGCCUUACAGUCCCGAAAACUUCAACAUCUCAAAUGUUGGCAACUUUGAUUAUCGAGAGACUUAUCAGGAACCUUAUGCAAAGCCUCCUGUUCCUGGAGUCCCUGCAAAUGAAGGAUUUCACCAGCGAUGGUUAGAAACGGAGACAGUAAGGAACCAGAAACCAGUGACAAGCCCGUUAUCAUCACCUGCAGGCUCCACAAUGUCUGAUGGAUCUCCAACGCACCACCCCGGAUAUUUCCCUGGUUUACCUCCUCCCAAGAAAGAGGGACCUCUGAACAGCUUGUCUUACCAAGAAAUCCGCAGCAAGUCUUUCAGUCAUGUCUCUCCUAGUAAGGAGGGGAUGUAUCGUAACACACCACCAAGUUACCCACCCAACUGGUCCCCACCCCAAACGUCUGCACCAGGCCACCCUGACCGACAUACCAAGAUAUCCAAGAAAUCUGGCCAACCCAGUAACGGUAAUACCGAGAGACGGGGAAGAAGAAGCUGGAGCACCCAGCAUACAAAACAGACCUCACCACCCUACAACGGAUUCCAGAGAAAGCAAGAUCCUAAUGUGGGAAACGUGUCCGACUUCAUCAAUGCCUCCUUCCUGCCGUCCUUCUCAUUAAUGGCCGACCUCAAGCAAAACCAGAACUUUCCCUUUAACCCCCAAGCAUUUUCUCCUCCGACCAAUCUCCCUUUUCCUCCUCCUUUUCCAUUCUCUGACCUCAUUGAUCUGUUUCACUAUGAAGAUUUGAGUCCCGUUCCUCCCUUCAUCAGUGACUUCUUCUGCAGUGACGUUCCUCCUCCAUUUUUUCCCUUCCCAGCUCCUUCCAGCAGGUAUCGGCCAUCAAGGAAUCGCAGCGGCCCCGCAAAUGAGCUACAUGUGCAGCUGGAGGAAUGCUGCGAGCAGUGGAGGGCGCUAGAGAAGGAAAGGAAAAAGACAGAAGCAGAACUCACGACCAAGUUUCCAGGAAGCAGAAUCUCCAGUUCUUACAGUCCGACAGUCCCACGACUCCCAGCAAAUCCAUCGCGGGUGGACCGUUUGGUUGUGGAUCAGUUCCGGGAGCAGGCCAGAGCCGUCUCAUUGGUGAAGAUAAUGGAGAGAAUCCGUGGCGAGACCCUCCAUGUCAAUAUAAACAUUGCACUGGAGCAUCACCUGGAAGCCAUUCACCUCACACAAGCACGACGGAAAGAUGAGAUUAUCAAUGCUGCCAACCGCCAGAAGCAAGGUGUCCCGCGGUACAACAACGAGAGGGAUGUCUUGGCUCUGGCAGCGGCCAUAAAAGAGAUGGUAGUGUCUACACGGAAGGCGCGGACUGCCCUGUGGUGUGCUCUGCAGAUGACAUUGCCUAAAUCCUCUUCUGGUGUCACCGUGAAGCAGGAAGAUAUAGAAAGAGCCUUACAAGAGCUGUGUCCAACUAGACCACUGACCGUGGAAGUGGAGCCGCAUGCAGAUGUCGUGUUUGGUUCUGAAAGAGAGGGGAGUACGAUCCGCUAGAUGAG